AUGUCCCCUACCGCAAUGCACAUUGCUGCUCCUUGUGCGAUUCCAGAUCUCGCCAACAAAUCUAUUGCUGCAAAGAAAGGUCAAGAACAUAGGCAUCUGGAAGAAACCCUUCAAGGCACUGUCUCUACAAAUCACGCUGAAGAUAUUGCUUUUGCUCAAGCCUUGCACGGCAGAGAUCUCAAGAAGGGUUUGUGGGCUCAGCUGAAAUCAAAGAAUCAGGACGUCUAUGGUGUUACCUCUGAUACUUACUUCAACAUGUGGGGGAAAGAUGCAACAACAGACUCCAAGGCAAACGAAAAGGAGCGCGCUUCUCGCUACAGUCAGUUAGUUAACUCUUACUAUCAUUUGGCUACUGAUUUCUUUGAGUAUGGCUGGGGGAAGAGCUUCCAUUUCUGCAGAUUCUAUCCAGGCGAAGAGUUUCAUAGUGCGGUCAAGCGUCAUGAACAUUUCUUGGCUAUAAAGACCGGCAUUGAUUCAGGCAUGAAGGUACUGGAUGUUGGUUGUGGUGUUGGCGGUCCCGCUAGAGCCAUCACUCAUCUGACUGGUGCCAGUAUCGUUGGACUCAACAACAAUGCUUAUCAGUUGGAAAAGGCCAGAGAGUAUACUAUUCAAGAAGAUUUAGGUGACAAGUUGAGCUUUAUCAAGGUAAGUAAAUGGUUUGAUCUUCAAGAGAUUCCAGAGCUUAACCUUAUUGCAUGUUUCUGUAUAAAUCAGGGUGAUUUCAUGCAAAUUCCCUUUGAUCAAGGGACAUUUGAUCGCGUCUAUGCCAUUGAAGCAACCUGCCACGCUCCCUCAUUUGAAGGUGUCUAUGCAGAAAUUUACCGUGUAUUGAAGCCUGGAGGCAAAUUUGGUUGCUAUGAAUGGUGCAUGACUGAGAAAUACGAUGCUGAAAACCCCAAACACAAGGAGAUUGCACAUGGUAUCGCCAUUGGUAAUAGUCUGCCUGAUGUGCGCACGGUAGCUGAUUCAUUGGGCGCUCUGCAAAAGGUUGGUUUCAAGAUUGAGAUGCAUGUGGAUCUGGCUCGUAUGGGUGAUCGUGUUCAUUGGUAUUAUCCUUUGGAAGGAGAUUUACGUCAGUGUCAAACGUUUCGUGAUAUCUUUACUACACUAGUUAUGACUCAAGCUGGUCGAUACCUCACAAUCAACAUUUGCCGUAUCUUGGAGAAGAUUGGGUUUGCGCCAAAGGGUACUGUGCAAACUCAAGAAGUACUUGAGGUUGCUGGUGAUUCUGUUGUUGCUGGUGGUCGAGAGGAUAUCUUUACUCCCAUGUUCUUUUUUGUGGCCCAGAAACCGAUGUAA